AUGAAAUCGUUUUUCUUUAUUAAGAUUUUUGCACCCAGGGGUUCUUUGGGCCACUCUGUUCCUUUCGUUGCCAUUGUUUGGACAAUAAUUGUAAUAGCACUACUGAUAGUCUUGGUUGUAUCUCGGGAUCUUGCAGUCCCGGUUAUACUGGUUUCCCCAAAUGUCAAACAGUGUUUAGUCCGAGCUAAGUUAUUGAAUCCUCCUCAAUUGGAUGCUGAAUGUUCAACAAUGUUUGUUUCUUGGCGUCCGUUCAACUUAUCAGUUGAUAUAGGAAAUGCGGAUAUUCGUGAAUAUCGAGUUGAGCUACUUUUAUCCUCUGGUGAAGUGGUAGAAAAUAAGACUGUUUUAAUUGGUAAAUUAAUUGACAAUAUUUAUCGUGAGGUGUUUACUAACGUUGAACCCGGAGAAAGCUAUCGAGCCCAAGUUACUCCAAUUUUCUUUGUGGGACCUUUUUCGGAUGAUGGUUAUCUGGAAGAGGGGCUGCCCAGUCCCCUUUCAGAGGCUGUUUAUGUUUCCAAAGAAGGCGAGUUGCGUUUUAUUUUCUUUUCUCAACUUGGUUGUCACUCAAAUAUCGUUCCAUUUGUGCCAACUGACAAUUCAACCAUUCAAACCAUCACCUUAACAAACUGCCCUAACAUUCUUGAAUUUAACAACACUGUACCUUCUGGAGGCCGCCUGAACGGUCCCCGUGACUGUAGUCUGAUUGGUCUGUCCACAAAUUGGGCAAUUUUCCAAUGGCAUCAUAAUUCAAUUUCCUGCGGCUUAGGCAACCUAGUCGGCUACGAAUUGAGUCUUGCGGUUUUAGGUCAAGAUACUGGACCCUCUAAUGACCAAGUAUCUAGCCCCCUAUCCUCUGAAGAAGUUACUGUCAAGCGUUAUAGAACCGAUGCCUUUUCAACGUUCCUUAUCACGCAAGAUCUGCUACCUGGAACAAGAUACAGAGCACAGGUAUUCGCUAUUUACGAACGGGGUACGGUAGCGUGUUCUGGGAUGAAGAUGGGUGACAUGGAAAGCAAUACCCGCAUUAUUGGUGGUCUAGGUCAUUUUGAGUUCACCACCUUUACGGAACUUGAAGCUCAGUCCUCACCAAAGGUUAAAAUCAGUGUUCUAGAGCAAAGUUCUGACCGUUUUGGAGUUCGCGUUCAAAUCGGUGGGGCUGCGAUCUCUGAGUCCGUUCAACUAUGGACAACAACUGUCGCAUGUGGUAGUGUAUUGGAACUUAUAAUUGAUAAGGGACGACCUAGAAUCGUUGCUCCUUUUCGUGGCUUCAAGGCAUCGGCCUUUCCUAUUGAGACUAGACUCCCGAAGCCAAUUGAUCUAGAUGGAAAAGGAUCAAGCAUUCAAUCAGCAUCUGGGGAGAUAGGCCAAUUCACAUUUGCUUCCAACAUCCUUCCGGCCACGCGUUAUCGAAUCUAUGGAUGGGCGGUUUCGGCUUCAGAACAAAGAUUUUUGGGAGUAACUUCAGAUGUUUGGACCUCCCCGAAGCACUUCUUAGCCUAUCAUAACUUCGAACUUCCUCCUCCUCAAAUUCUUGAAGUUUUGGCUGAAACUAUAGUUGCCCGCUUUCCAAAUAUCAGUGGUUAUGAAGGGGGUCCGGUCACAGAUUAUUUCAUCGCGAUCGCACCAGGAAAUUUCUCAGUCCUUCCAUCCCCUACUAGCUUAAGUGAUAGCUCUUUCAUUCAUCAACGACUUUCCCUUCCUUCAACUUCGCGAAUAGUAUUCCACGGUAAAUCUAUUCCACGCCAUCAUAUUACCAUUGGGGACGGAGCUGUAGAAGUUGAAAUGAACCUUCCUGAUUCUCCAGUAGCCCAAAUCUAUGCAGAUCCGCGUUUAGAGCCUGAUUCAAAUUACACUCUAAUCACUGUUGUGGUUUCAUCACUUGAAGAAGACGCUAUUUUCAAGCCAGGCACGGAACAUUUAUUUGUUGUUUCGCCUGCGAAAGCGCGUAUUGUUCGAACACUGGUGUUUAUGCCUGCUUCUGGAGUAUUAUCCACUUCUGUCGGAACUGGAGUUUCGAUUGGUAUUUUACUGCUCUGUUUCAUUGUCCUCGUUAUUUAUAUCUGGUGGAGAUUUUUAAGGUAUCCAAUUCCCUUUUGCAAAAAGUCAAAGCAAUAUUCACUCAAUAUGCGUCCAAGUCGUAGAAUGAGUUGUGGUUCUGCGUUGACAACAAUUGAAGAUUUCAUGACAGCUCUGCCGAAAUCCUACCCAGCUUGGAGUUUUCCUCUUAAUCUUCGUGAUCCACGGUUUCUCGUUAUCGAUCCUCAACGUGGUCCCGAUAGUAAUUUACUCGGUUCAAAGGGUAUUCAUGAUAUCGCAGAAACUUUCUUUCGGGAGUAUAAAAGUUUUUCGGUAAAUAAACUCCUUUCUCAAACCCACGCAAAGCAAGCCGUAAAUCGCGAGAAAAAUCGUUGUCCUAACUCCCUACCCUUCGAUCAUAAUCGGGUUCAACUUCAUAGGCGUGGCCAAUUUCAAACCGACUACAUUAAUGCAAGCUUUGUGGAUGGUUAUAUGCGUAGGAAGGCGUAUAUCUGCGCCCAGAGUCCAUUUAAUGCUUCCACGGCGAGUGACUUUUGGGCCAUGAUUGAUCAGUGUGGAGUGUCGCAGAUUAUCACUCUUGAUAACCUGAUUGAAAGUGGGCUUGUGAAAUGCACCAAAUUCUGGCCCGAUAAAAAUGGAUCUGAAGUCACUGGAGGUUACGGUGAUGCUUUGAGUGGAAGUGAAAGACGUCAAUAUGACACACUUAUCGUUGAGGCCGACGAGGUUCAGGAGUACGCAAACUUCACAAUUCGCCGAUUUCGUCUCACUGAUACGACUAAUGGCGGUGAAAAUCGUAUCACCCAGUUCCAUUACCAUCGAUGGCGUUGUCAGGAUGUGGAUGACAGUGAUAGCGACUACGCGUACGGCAGAGAUGAGAAUGAUCUAGUGAACAACUUCGACUUGUUAGCUUUCCUCGAUUUCUAUAUUCAUCAACUGAUGCAUGAACGCUCAGUGACUGUUGGUCGAACUUGCGCAUCUCUGCGGAGGGCUCGUCAAAAUGCCAUUCCAACAGCUCGUCAUUACGCUCUUCUCUACGACCUUUUAUUUGAAGUUGGCAUUGCUGGACAUUCCAUCCUUGAUUUGGACAUUCGAUCAACAUUUGCAUCGCUUAAUCAACGCAAUGUCAUCGCUGGAUUUACCUACUUGAAAGAGCAAUGGUACCUCCUACACAAUUACUCAUUACUCAUGUCACCUCGCGCCUUCGCUUCUCCAGCAAGUGUCAGCAUCACUGGUGAAGACGAUCACUUUAUUGACAAAGAGCUGUCGGCUGUAUGGGUGGAUGGACUGACUGUGAGAAAGGACCUACUUCUUGUCUGCGCCCCAAGGACAAAUUCUGCUCUGGCAGCAUUUUGGCAGUUUGUGUUCAAACAAAAGGUGAUUUUAUGCGGCAUUUUUAAUGACUACCCCAAUCGACCAAUACUGUGA